UAUAUCUCGUCUUUGUACGCCCGGUUACGUUCAUCCACCUUCAGCAUCCAUCCUUCGUAUUGAUCUCUCCCUUCCCCAUCAACAUCCAUACCCACAACCUACCAUCUUACUUUUACCCUUCUACUGUCAAGUCUUUGUUUCAUUACCAUCAUGUCUUCUCGCGGACAACCCACCCCGCCUUUCAAUUCGCCCUAUCAGCAAGCCAUGAAGUCAAAUGCUCUCGUACACUCGCCUGCAUACCCUUCUCCUGCAAGAAGUGAUUCAGAGUCAUCGAGGUACCAACCCGAGGGACUUGGACUGUACGGCUUCCCUCAUCACUUCUCGAGUGGCUCCGUCUCCCAAUCAAAUAACAUCAUGUUCCCACCAUCACCCCAUCCCACAGAGGCAUGGGCCAACAUGUCGAAUGGUACACCACCCAUGAUUCAAGAGCCAAUCGUCGACCCUUGGACAUCUGGAGCGUACGAUCAUCCAGUCAUCAACUCGCCUAUUCCAUGGCCACAGUACGAAGGCUCGCACAGGUCUUCCAUGUCUUCACCAAGGGAGGCAUCAGUGUUUUCUGGAGACGGUUCCGAGCACGGCCUGGUACGUGUGAAGUUGGAAAACGGCUCCGGGUGGGCUUCAGAUGAAGAUGCACUUUCCAUGGGUACCGUUGCUCCCGGCAGACUGCUCAAUGGACAUCUUUACCCCCAGGAGUACCCACACACCUCGCCAUACGACAGCCAGUCUGUUUCCCAGAGGAAGCGCGUCGACAGCCCCCUGCAAGACCACGCUGAACCGAGGGAGCGCAAGAGGAGAACGAAGUCAACAGAGGAGCCCAAGUAUGCUUGUGAGCUUUGCGACAAGACUUUCAUUCGACGAUACAACAAGAAGUCGCACAUGAAACGUCACGACCUUGGCCGACACAAGCCACACAAGUGUAACCACGGCGACUGCAUUCAGGGCUUCGACCGGAAGACCGACCUCGAUCGCCACAUCAAGAGCGUGCACGACAAGAUCCGAGACCUUGUCUGCCAAAAAUGCGGUGACUCUUUCUCCCGCAAGGAUACUCUCCGAAGACACCAAGAUGACGGUUGUCGAGUGAAGAACCAGUUGAGCUUGAGACAGAUCCAGGAAACUCGUUCAAUGCGAGCAGUCUCGAACACACAGCAAGCAUAUUACCCAUCCCCUCGCGCCGACUUCUACCCUAUUCCCACUUCAAAUGCCGCGAAUUAUCACCCUUCAGAGGCAUUGGUAGGGUAUGAUUCACGGUCGCCACCCCUCUUUCGCAGCAACAAUCUUGGAGGGCAUGCAGGCUACUAG